GUGUAAUUAAUUUCCAUGCUGAAACGAAUCAACAAGGAACUUAGUGACUUAGCCCGUGAUCCUCCAGCACAGUGUUCAGCAGGUCCCGUUGGAGAUGACAUGUUUCAUUGGCAAGCCACAAUUAUGGGACCUAACGACAGUCCAUAUCAGGGUGGUGUAUUCUUCUUGACAAUUCACUUUCCCACAGACUACCCAUUCAAACCACCUAAGGUUGCAUUUACAACAAGAAUCUAUCAUCCAAAUAUUAACAGUAAUGGCAGCAUUUGUCUUGAUAUUCUAAGAUCACAGUGGUCUCCUGCUUUAACUAUUUCUAAAGUUCUCUUAUCCAUUUGUUCACUGUUAUGUGAUCCAAAUCCAGAUGACCCACUAGUGCCAGAGAUUGCACGUAUCUAUAAAACAGACAGAGACAAGUACAAUAGGUUAGCAAGAGAGUGGACAGAGAAAUACGCUAUGCUGUAGGGUACAACAGAAUAUCUCGGGAAUGGACUCAGAAGUAUGCCAUGUGAUGCUACCUUAAAGUCAGAAUAACCUGCAUUAUAGCUGGAAUAAACUUUAAAUUACUGUUCCUUUUUUGAUUUUCUUAUCCGGCUGCUCCCCUAUCAGACCUCAUCUUUUUUAUUUUUUUGUUUACCUCCUUCCAUUCAUGCACAUGCUCAUCUGAGAAGACUUUAGUUCUUCCAGCUUUGGACAAUAACUGCUUUUAGAAUCUGUAAAGUAGUUACACAAGAACAAUUGCCCAAGAUUCAGAUUUUUUUUUUAAUGGAGCAUGUGUAUUAUGUGGCCAAUGUCUUCAUUCUAACUUGGUUAUGAGAUUAAAACAUUCCUCACUGCUCUAACAGAUACUGAAGAUACCACCUGAAGGGGGGAGGGGAGAUGGGUUCAGUUUUCUCCCAUCAAAGAAGUAACAUUGCUGUAGCAACAUCCAUCUUGUUCCAAAUCUUCCAGUGUUAGAGAACUGAGGUUUUAUUAUAUACUUCUGCUCAUAACUGAUGUGUCUGGAGAAUUGGUACUGAAUCUAUAGCAUCAGCAGAACAGAAAAUGUGAUGUAUCUUAUGCAUGUCAAUAAAGGAAUGACCAGUUCUUGUUUUACAGAGAAUGGAAAUUGGAAGUCAAACAUCCCUUGUAUUCCAAAAUAGGGUUUAAGAACAUUUUUGUAAUUCAUUUAAAUUUUGUUAGGAGGCUUGGAGCUAUUAGUUAAUCUGUCUUCCAAAACACUGUUUAAUAUAGCACUGAAUAAAUGAUGCAAGUUGUCAAUGGAUGAGUGAUCAACUAAUAGCUCUACUAGUAAUUGAUUUAUUUUCUUCAAUAAAGUUGCAUAAACCAAUGAGUUAGCUGCCUGGAUUAAUCAAUAUGGGAAACAAAAUCUUUUGUAAGAGCAAAGCUGGAUUUUGUAUAUACUGUUGGCAUUUGCCUCAUUGUUUAACAUCAAAUAAUGAUGUAAAGUUCAAUAGAGUGACUCUUCUGCCAUUUUCAGUUCUAAUGCUCAGUCUGUUGCAGGUUGGCACAUUGCUCGGCCUGGUGGAUGCAGAAUUAAUAAGCUAACAUAGUUGUGUAGCCGUAGUAGGGGGCUGCACUCGGUGCUGGGAGCCCAGCGUUCAAGGAUGGACUUGGGACCCAGCAGAUCUGAAGUGGUGUAUUGUGGAGAUACUUCCUGAUGCACCUGUGUUUGCUGACUGAGAACCUUUUUCUUCACCUUGUACACUUGACAACUGAAAGAUCUUAAUGUGGGGUAAUGAUGAGGCAAAAAAAUUAUAAAAUAAAGUACUGUUUUGAUGUGGGAAUUGUCAUGAGGCUGUGUUGAAGUGACUUUACUAUGUGGGAUGUUCGUUACCAUUGAAAAGGAUUUGUUCAGCCAUGCUGCCAUUUACAUUGAUGACUAUUUUAAUGCAACAGACACUUUCUUCAUGUCAGGUGACUAAACGUGAAUAAAGACUCAUUGCUAUUGGA